UAGAAGAUGGGACAAAAGUCGUCUCAUAAUUGAUGAGGAAAAUCCAUUUGCCCUAAGCUACCUACUUUUCAAUCAAGUGUUAGAUAAAUAAUAAAGAGCUGAUAUAAACAAGGCGCCUUUGUUUGAUGCUCAUCCUCGCUGGUGAAAAGAGAAGAAAAAUGGAAGGAGGAAAAGGAUCGUUGUGUGUAACCGGCGGUACAGGCUUCAUCGCUUCCUGGCUGGUCAUGAGGCUCCUUCAACAGGGUUACUGUGUCCAUGCCACCAUCAGAACUCAUCCAGAGCAGAUAAGAGAUACCAGCUUCCUCACAAAUCUGCCUGGUGCAAAUGAAAGGCUGAAAAUCUUCAAAGCAGAUCUCAGCAAUCCAGACAGUUUCUAUGCAGCCAUUGAAGGAUGCAAGGGAGUUUUUCACGUGGCUACUCCAAUAGAUUUUGAAGACAGGGAACCAGCCGAAGUGAUAGUGAACAGGGCAGUGGAAGGAACACUAGGCAUCUUAAAGGCAUGCUUGAAAUCAAAGACGGUCAGACGAGUUGUUUACACUUCCAGUGCUUCUGCUGUUGUGCACAACAAUAAGAGCAAAGAUGUGAAAGUGAUGGAUGAGAGUUUUUGGAGCGAUGUGGAUUAUAUUAGAGCAUUGAAUCUGAAACAUUUUGGAAGUUCAUACAUGAUCUCCAAGACAUUAACAGAGAAGGCGGUUCUUGACUUUGCAGCACAGCAUGGAUUGGAUUUGGUCACCUUAAUCCCCCCCUUUGUUGUGGGUCCUUUCAUUUGUCCCAAGUUGCCAGGCUCUGUCCGAACAUCAUUGGCUUUGGUCUUUGGAAACCGUGAAGAAUACGGUUAUCUCCUGAACACAUCCAUGGCGCAUGUUGACGAUGUAGCCAUGGCUCACAUCUUCCUACUUGAGCAUCCUGAGGCUGCUGCCUCGGGGAGGUAUGUUUGUUCCUCCCACAAUAUAACGCUAGCAGAAGUGGCUCAAAUUCUUUCUUCUACAUAUCCUGAACUCCCAAUACCUUCACCAGAAUCUUUAGCAGAAAUUGAAGGUUAUAAGUCACCUGGGUUGUCAUCAAGGAAACUCUUGGAUAGUGGCUUUAAAUUCAAAUAUGGGAUUGAGGAAAUGUUUGAUGAAGCUAUCAAAUGCUGCAAGGAGAAAGGCUAUCUCAAAUAAUGUACCAUGAGAUAUUAAUUACUAUAUAUUGAAUAAUGUCCAAGUGACAAAUCAUGUUAAGGGCUCGUGCCUUGCCACAUCUCCUUAAAAUUAGUUGACUUGUCACUAAAACACUUCUAUUUUAUCUUUAAAUUUGUCGUAUUUUUUCUUUCUUUCUCUUAAGAUUAAGAUACUAAUAAUAAUUUAUUAAGUAC